AUGCCUCCCGUUCCCUCAACGGCACCCGCCGAAGCUCGGGUCAAGCUAAAAGCCAACACCGACAUGGCCAAAUUCGGCUACCGACCCAUGGCCAUGAAACUUUCAGAAGCCUCCGAGUUCCUCGACGAGCGCAUAGACGAAUUCGUCGACAUCAUACAGAAACACCAUCAACUAGAAUACUCAGCUUUUGGCAACCCCGCUGCUAUGAGUCCUACUCAGAUUUUAGCUGUGGGUCGUAUCGCUUCGGACACAGGUGAGGGAAGAAUGAACGCAGCUUCCAUGGUCCUGGAAACCAGUCGUCGCAUGGGUGCUGGUUUGCGUGUACCUCUGCGCAUGGAGAAGGGAGGGUACGACUUCUUCCCCGGCAAGGUUGUCGCUCUUCGCGGCAACAACCCAUCAGGCGAGUACUUCAGUGUCACUGAGGUUCUGGCCGUACCAUCGCUUCAGCCUCCAGCCACAGCACCCACCAGCAUUGACGUACACAACGAACGCCUGCAGAGCGACGAUGGUACUGAGACGCGUCCUCUAAAUAUUAUCAUUGGUGCCGGCCCAUACACUACAGACAGCGACCUCUCUUUCGACAGUUUACACGAGCUCUGCUCGCAAGCCGCAGAGACCAAGGCCGAUCUUCUCAUCCUUAGUGGACCCUUUAUCGAUAUUGAACAUCCCAGAGUUGCCAGUGGUGACUUUUCCCUACCUGCCGAAACCAAGAUUGACCCUUCUUCUGCCACUCUUACAGAUGUCUUCCGCGUCCUUAUCUCUCAGCCACUCUCACGUCUCGCCCAAACAUUACCUAGCAUUACCAUCAUUCUAGUACCGUCAGUCCGCGAUGCUGUCUCAAAACAUGUCAGUUGGCCACAAGACCGUCUGGCCCGCAAAGAACUCGGCCUGCCCAAACAAGCAACCUGCGUCACGAACCCCAUGACCGUGUCUUGCAAUGACUUUAUGACUGCAAUCAGCAGCCAAGAUGUUCUCUUCGAGAUGCAAAGGCAACGCGUGGUCAGCGGUCUCAACAGCGACGCUCUAGCCUCCCUGGCCCGCAAUCUUCUCACCCAACGCCACUACUUCCCAGUCUUUCCUCCGCUGCCCAGGGAUGAGAAGGCGUUGACCGUCGGUGCUAGUUUGGAUGUUGCGUACAUGAAGUUGGGCGAGAUAUUGACCGUCAGCCCUGAUUUGUUGGUGUUGCCCAGUGUGUUGACGCCGUUUGUCAAGGUUGUGGAUGGAGUGCUUGUGGUCAAUCCUGGGCAGGCGAGUAAGAAGAGGGCCGCGGGUACUUAUGCGAGAUUGAUUGUUGGACCGAGAGAGUUGACCGAGGAUGAGAGGGAGAAGGAUGAAGAUGUUGAUCACCAGUUGUUCAAUAGGGCGAGAUGCGAUAUUGUCAGGAUAUAA